GCGGCUUUAUUGUUGACGAUUUGGCGCAGCGCAGGGAGGAAAGCAAUGGGACGCAGGCAAUAUUUAUCCCCAAUAAAUGAAACAGAAGCCCGGACUCAGACGUUAGUAAUGGACAAGCAACAGUAGCCGCGUGUCGUCCUGCGUCAUUGUGAACCAGUUCACAGGUUGUUAGUUAAACACAGAGGUUCCGUGUAACUUAGAAGGAGUGUCCUUCCAGCGGGAGGAAGUUUGCGGUGGUGAAGGAAACAUAAUAGGAAACCGGGGAGGGCCAAAGUAUCCCGACAUGGAGGAGUCCGGGUCGGCCCUGGAGAAGAAUGUGGCUGACCUCACCGUGAUGGACGUGUACGAUAUCGCCGCGGUGGUGGGCCAGGAGUUCGAGCGGAUCAUCGACCAGUACGGCUGCGAGGCUCUGUCCAGGCUCAUGCCCAAAGUGGUGCGCGUGUUGGAAAUCCUGGAGGUGAUGGUGAGCCGCAGCAGCAUUGGCCCGGAGACCGAGGAGCUGCGGCUGGAGCUGGACAAGCUGCGGCUUGAGAGGACGGACCGGCUGGAGAAGGAGAAGAGGCACAGAAAGGAGCUGGAGCUGGUGGAGGACGUGUGGAGAGGAGAAGCUCAGGAUCUGCUCUCCCAGAUCGCUCAGCUGCAGGAGGAGAACAAGUCCCUGCUCACCAACAUGUCCAACAAAGACCCCAUGAGUGAGGAGGACCUGCAGAGGCACGAGGGUAUGACAGAGCGAGAGAGGCAGGUGAUGAAGAAGCUUAAAGAAGUGGUGGACAAGCAGAGAGACGAGAUUCGAGCCAAGGACCGCGAGCUCACGCUGAAAAACGAGGACAUAGAGGCACUCCAGCAGCAGCAGUCUCGCCUGAUGAAGAUCAACCAUGACCUGCGUCACAAAAUCUCCGUGGUGGAGUCUCAGGGGAAGGCGCUCAUCGAGCAGAAGGUGGAGCUGGAGGCCAGUGCUCAGGCACGAGGCCAGGAAGUCGGCGCGCUGCGGCAGGAAGUCGCGCGCUUAAGAGAGCGACUCCAAGGAGAGCUGCCUGCCCGGAAUCCUGACGAAGCCGCGCCUCAGCCCCCCUCACCUGCAGAGGAAGCGUUGUGCGAGGAGGAGAUGGGGGGGCUGGACCCACAGGACCCCAACCGGCCCCGGUUUACGCUACAGGAACUGAGGGACGUCCUCCACGAGAGGAACGAGCUAAAAUCCAAAGUCUUCCUGCUGCAGGAGGAGCUGACCUACUACAGAAGUGAUGAGACGGAGAAUGAAACUGUUACUCCCUCUCCGUCUCCCUCGCCUGAACUGAGGACUCGCUCCCGAUCGUCUGCCCAGCCAGAGUCCGGAAUCAAACGCCUGAUCUUCACAGCCAUUAUGCCGAUGGUGGCGGCUGGUUUGAUCCCAGAUGACCCCACUUUACAGCCAAUCAGACGUCUCAUAUCGCUUGUUUAGUUUCUUCUCGCGUGACAAACAGCGGACUUCGCAGCGGAGUGCGCAGUUUGACGGCAGCUUCGGCUCGUGGGCGGGGAAGGAUGACGUGUACACAGAACAGGCCCAGGAGGCGUUACAGCACAUGUAGUCAUGGGGACUACGCAGGACUCGACGAGGUCACUCAAACUCCAAAACUCACAAACACUGUUCAUCGCUUGUGAAACAUCGACCGCACACCAAACCGCCACUCGUGACUCACACUGCAGCCGAAUUAUCAUGUGCUUGAGGUGAGAGGCCCGACAGAACAGAGGAGGGAAAUGGAUAAAGAUCAUCGUCUUUAAAAAUGCAUUUAAGUCAUGAGAAUUAUAUAUCUGAUGAUGGCAAAUACAGACUGUUCAACGUUAAAAAUGCCAGACAAUAUUUUUGCGCCGGAAGGUUUUUACAGAUGCAGACGAUUCACGUGAUUGACAGGGGAGAGGGUAAAUUCAAGUUGUCGAUGGAAAGUGGAAAUUUGUUGCAAUUCAAGUGGUUAAUGGUGUGCUGCUUAAAGUCCAGAGUAAAUUGUUGUUGAACAUUUCUACAGAGAUGAAGGUUUGGGACACAACAGUGUGCAAUAAAUGUCAAAUAUCAAAUGUCUAAACCUGCACAACUCCGCAUGUUGAAAUGGGUAUUUGAUGAAUGAUGAGGGUUUUAUAAAACAAUCCCACACAGAGAUAAAAAAAAAAGCAAAUCUGCAAAGAAAACAUUUCUGAUCUGGAGAUUUAUUCUCAAAGUGAGAGCAACACUUUCGUGUCCCAUUAAUUUUUUUUUGAGAUUCCUGUCCUUGUUCAUGCAGGUCCAUCACCAGCAUUCUGACAUUUUGAAUUAUGCAGCUCAACGGAUUUAAAACGCACAGGGCAUGUUUAUAAAGUGUUGCACAGACAGCAUGUUAAAGCUGUCUACAGAAUAAAAUGAAUAGGAAAAUAACUUACUGAUCAUUUGAUUUAUAAUUUAGUGUAUGCCAUGCAACAUACAGUAAGUAUGGGAGCCCAUUUUGCUUAGAAAAAAGAGAAAAGUUAAGUCAUAAAAUUGAUUUCAAUAAUAAUAUUAUAAGUAAGUAAUACUUACCCAGACAAAAUCACUUCUUAUUUACCAUCCCUUUUGACAAAAUAUCAAAUAAUUAUGAAUUAGAAUAUUGUUGAAGUUUUGUCUCUAGUGGCAAUAUUACAUUUAGCGUAUUAUUAUUUUUCAUGAGGGGCUGUGGCUCAGGUGUUGGAGCAGGUACAGUAAGCAAGAACAACAUUAACAUUAGUUUUCAUGAUGAGGUGCAAACGAUCUUUAAAAAAAUGUAAGAUAAACUUAAUGACUGUCCUAUGUUUUUCCAUUUAAUUAUAAUACAGAUAUACAUAAAAAUGGAAAUACAUAUAAGUGUAAGUUGCAGUUUGGAUUUUAUUUUCUUUAGGUUUACUUAUCUCAGAAGUCAGAAUUUUGAGAUACUUUCUAUUACAUCAUUUUUAGUUUUGAAUUAUUAAUCUUGCCUGAGUUACUCUUAAUUGCAAUCAUGAUUUAUUUAUUUUUCCAUGCACAUGUUUCAUGUUUCUUUUUUUCUUUUUCUGGCAUUAAUGGGCUUCCAUAAUUGCAAAGCGUAUGCGUAUCGCUUAGCCCACAACUAGAGAGACCUGAACACAAUUGUCCAUCCCGUGAGAGCAAAAGAUGCGAUGUGUGAAUUCUAAUAUCAUCCAUGACUCAUGUUACCAAAAAUUUUGACUGCUCAUCGUGCAUGUAUGCAAACUCACACUUUCCACAAUAACAACAGUUUCACUGUCACCAGCUGAACCAAAAGCAGGUCAUAAUAAGUGAAUCCAGUAAAAAAAAAAAGAUAAUCAGCAGCUUACCUACCUUUAUCAUAAGAACCGCAA